CCCAGUCUGCACACAGCAGGAUGCAGGGAACCAGGGCCCUCGGCGUGAAGCGCAAGACCCCUGAGUGGGACCAUGAGUCUGAUGAGAGCCCAAGGGGGGGCUGCUCAUGCCAGUCUCUGCUGCUCACAUCACUGAAGGAAUAUUUUCUGUCGCCCAUGCUAUGCAUUGAGCAGAUACGUAGAUUUGUGCUGCUCAAGAACACCAUCAAACAUCUCCAGAAAAUCACCACCCAGCCCCUGAGCCAAGCGACUCAGGAGGAGGCCCCUGAGUUGGCUCCCCCUUCCUGUGAAACAAGCCCAGAUCCCGGGCCAAGCUGCAGCGAUCCAGAAAGUGCAGAAUCUCUGAUGGACCCUAUGGAGGAGGAGCUUCAGCGUGCAGUGGACUGUGUGAAGAUGGAGAUGCUUGGCAUGGACAACAGCACCGGCAUGCCACCAGCCUUCUCUGCCCCCUGCCAGGAUGUGGGCAAGGAGGCCAGGGACGGAGGCUUAGCUGACCUGCUUCUGGAUUCAUUCUUUUCCACUGCAAGCAACAGCUUCUACGAAGGACGUCUGCAGCAGGAUCCCAGCAGUGCUUCCCCCAUGAAUGUGACUGGCCUGAGGGCCAAUGCGGAGGACGUCUCUGGCUCUUCUUCUGAAGACGCAGCUGUGAGCCUAGAGCAGGGAGCUGGUGCUUGGGACACUUUCUUCGGAGAGGAACUCCUCUCUGGUGGUGUGUCUGGGAACUUUGAAGCCUUCACCUCCAACUACCUUCACAACCUUCCUUCAGAUGAUCUCUUUGCAGACAUCGAUACUUCGGAGUUUGAGAGCACCCUGCCCAGUGAUGGGCAGCCCGAUUUAAGCCUGCACAAACCAGGGUGUGCGUGAGACCCCCCCAGGCGGGGCCCCUGCACUUUCCCAGUCAGAAUGCAAGAGGGACGGGGGACCUUG